AUGGUCCUUUCUGUUGCAGGUAGAAUAGAAUGUGCUCGAGGACUGGCUGCUGUGGUUAACAUGGAACUUGGUGACAGAACUAAAACUGAGAAGGCGGAGCUAUUCGACUUCGUCAGCAGUCCUGAGAACUUGAAGGCGCUCGGGUUGCACGUGGAGACUGGUUGCGUUAGCGGAGAACCUACGAAAGAGACCAACAACAACCACCUCAUGGUCAACAUGGCACAUUACGAUGACAUCUGGUCCAACAUAGACAGCAGCGUUCUCGACGACCUCAACUGCUGGACACCCGAAGGCGGCGGAGGUUCAGGGAAAACUGACAAUACCGACGGAGCCAUCUAUACCCUCACCGUACUCAACGGAGCGGAACAGGGACCUUGGUUCAAGCACGAAGAGAAAGAGGACAAGAACCUCGACAUCGAUUCCAUACUCAGCGCCAUACCAUCCACUUUCUCCAAUACCUUCCAUUCCGAAGAGAACACUUUUGAAGAUACCGCUUUCACAGAAAAGAAAGAAGAACUUACAAGGGUAGCAGAGAUACUCAAUAAUUCCACCACUUUUAACAACAACAACGAAUGGAAGCAAGAAAACAAUAACGAAGUGGAUUCUCUCCUCAGAAACGCGCUACAGGGGAAGACGUUAUCGCGUUACAACGGUAUCAAAGUGGAAAAAGUAGAAAAACCCGAGGAGGAAGAAAAGAUGAUGUUAGAGAGUCCGAUAUUAUACGACAGCUCGACGAUGAUAGAUUCAGAUAAUCCAAGCAGUGCACACAGCAUGGAAGAGAUGUUUUUGUCUCACCUGGACGUCUCCUAUCCUGAAGAUUAUGAAAAGUUGAAGCGGAUCGAAACCGAAGUGGCCGAAUCCGUGGAGCAAUACUGCUUAGAUAGAACAUACCUGCCUUCUGGGUCACAAGUUCUCACGCCUCUCAUCCUUCAGAAACCUAGUAAGAAGUACACCAAGAGGUCCAAGUCGACGGCUUCCAGUCCGGGUUCGUCGACGGGUGUGCGGAAGGAGAGGUCCCUCCAUUACUGCAAUAUUUGCAGCAAAGGUUUCAAGGACAAGUACUCGGUGAACGUGCACAUCCGCACCCACACGGGGGAGAAGCCCUUCACCUGCUCGCUGUGCGGCAAGAGCUUCAGGCAGAAGGCACACCUUGCCAAGCACUACCAGACUCACAUGGCCCAGGCCAAGAACGGAGUCACUUCCAAUCAGAAACCGUCCAAAAAUCUGAUUUCCAGCAGCUAA